UUUGCAAGAAGUUACAACGGAUGACGAGGAAAUAAGACAUGAAGAACUUGUAGAAAAGCAAAAAAGAAUUUGGGAGGUGGUGUUUUACUGCGAAUCGAUGUACGAUUGUCGACGUAUAUCACUAGCUGCAUAUCAUGCUUGGGAAAAUGAUGUUUUGCCACCCUCGUGUAGUAAUUGCGACAACUGUAUCUUGCGUAUAAAAGAUAAUGCAGAAAGCUAUAAUGUUAAAGAUUCUGCUAUAAAGAUGUUGGAGAUAGCAAAAGAACUCGUAAAAUUUAGAAAUGUUAUGAUUUCGCGAAAAGAUAUUAUUGAGAUCUUUUCACAGUCAAAAUCAGCAAAUAUUCGCUUCAAGGAGUUGGAUAUUUAUAAAGAACAACGAAAAAAGCUUCUAACAAUAGAUGAAGCGAAACAUUUAUUUGAUGAUCUCGUUAUACGCAAUUUAAUCCUGGUUAACAUCCAAAUGAAACGUCAAACACCUACCUGUAAUCAUUUGACAUUUUCUUUUCCCGUUAUAGGUGUUGUGGAAGGAGCGAAUGCAAGAGCAGAGAUGGAAAAUUGGUUAUAUCUUAUAAAAAAGAGAAGAGGUAGCUAA